AUGCCUCUCACGAGACAGCGUGCACGCAACACGCUCUCUACAUCAGCCUCCGCUGCAACUAGUGGUGUAUCGUCUCCAUUUAGCGAGAAACCUUCCAAGCAAUCUACGCCCGCUACCUCUGUAGACGACGACGUCAAGGAGACUGAUACCAAAAGUGCACGAAAUCUGAGAUCUAUUAAUGCAACCAAAGGCAAGAAGCGUGCGAGAGAAAGCAGCGACGAAGACAUACCCAUCGCAAGUCGAGCAACAAAGCGAAGAAGCGUGACCAAGACAGCUUAUGUCGAGAUACCUAAACAGCGAACUUCCGGUGUCACCUACAAGGCUGAGAGUGUUGUCGCCGAGGUGGAAUCCGACGACGACGUUGGUGUUCGUGCGGAUGAGCAGUUUUCUAUUGACGAGUCUGGCGAUAGUGGAUCUGAUUAUGAGGCAUCUGACGAUGAUAUUGAAGGAGAACAGGCAGAGAGUGUCACAGACCAAGAAAGCGAUUUUCAUGACGGCCUCACAGAAGAAGGAAUUGACGACGAUACUGUGAUGAUGGAUGCCGCAAUUCAGUUGUCGCUGAUGACGACGCGACUGGACGAAAAUCAUAUCGCGGGCAUGUCAAGCGAAGGUGCUGGUCCGUCAAGCUUACGCCCACCUGUAACCAAGGCCGCUUCUCUGCGAGCGGCGGCGGCGGAGCGUCGUCUUGCGCGCGAGCAGUCUGGUGGCGACUACGUACCGGAUGACUUCUCUGGUUCGGAUGAAGAACCAAAACGCGGAGGCAAGAAGUCCGCUCUACAGAAAUUGGCCACCGUGAAUUCGCGAAAAGAAUCAACGAGCUAUGGAGAGAGACAGAAACAACGGAGGGAGAAGCGCAGGCUCGACCGACUGGCGAGAGGCGCUAACAGCAAGGAAGAAGCUGAGCUACGCCGGAAGCUGGGUCGCAAGCUAACCUAUGCUGAAAAAUCUACUAUAGCAUUGAACAAGCACCAUCCUGACCUUCGGGAUGUCUGGGGGGAUUUGGAAAGGGACAUUGCUAUAGUUGUGCCUCAGAAAGCAGAACAACCUGCUGGUAUGAAGGUCACUCUACUUCCCUUCCAGAUGGAGAGUUUGUAUUGGAUGAGGAAUCAAGAGAAUGGCAUCUGGAAGGGAGGUGUAUUGGCGGACGAGAUGGGCAUGGGUAAGACCAUCCAGAUGAUUUCACUGCUGGUCUCGGACAAAGGUAUAAAGCCAAAUCUCGUAGUAGCGCCUACCGUGGCUAUCAUGCAAUGGCGCAACGAGAUUGAGGCACAUACCGAAGGAUUUAAAGUGCUCGUGUGGCACGGUUCCUCAAGGGCGUCAGACAUAAAGGAGUUGAAGAAGUAUGACGUGGUAUUGACGACAUACGCGGUUCUCGAGAGCUGCUUCCGCAAACAGGAAAAUGGAUUCAAACGCAAGGGGAAAAUUAUCAAGGAGCGCUCGCCUAUUCACCAAAUACAUUGGAACCGAAUUAUACUUGAUGAGGCACAUAACAUCAAGGAAAGAUCAACAAAUACAGCUAAAGCUACGUUCGAACUACAAGGAAAUUUCCGAUGGUGUCUCUCGGGUACCCCUCUCCAGAACCGCGUGGGGGAACUCUACAGUCUCAUCCGAUUUCUUGGUGGUGAUCCAUUUUCAUACUACUUUUGCAAACAAUGUGACUGCAAAUCGUUGCACUGGAAGUUCAGUGAUAAGAGAAGCUGUGACGACUGUGGUCACAGUCCGAUGAAACAUACAUGUCUUUGGAACAAUGAGAUUCUAACGCCAAUUCAAAAGAACGGCAUGGUUGGCCCUGGGCAGACGGCAUUCAAGAAACUCAAGAUCUUGCUCGAUAGGAUGAUGUUGCGGAGGACGAAGCUCGAACGAGCUGAUGAUCUUGGUCUGCCUCCUCGCACGGUGGUUGUUCGCAGAGAUUAUUUCAGUCCUGAGGAGAAGGAGCUGUACCUAUCCCUGUUCUCGGACGCGAAGAGACAGUUCAACACUUAUGUAGAUUCUGGUACCGUACUCAACAAUUAUUCGAACAUUUUUAGCUUGCUUACGCGAAUGAGACAAAUGGCUUGUCAUCCCGAUCUUGUAUUGAGGAGCAAGAGCAACGCAGGCACGUUCUCGCAGGACCUAUCUGGCGAAGCUACCGUCUGCCGGCUAUGUAACGAGGUUGCCGAAGACGCGAUUCAAGCCAAAUGCAGACACAUCUUCGAUCGGGAAUGUAUCAAACAGUAUUUGAACACAGCCAUCGAAGCUACUCCGGCAUGUCCUGUAUGUCAUCUUCCUCUUACCAUAGACUUGGAAGCCCCUGCCCUGGAGCUCGAGGAGAAUGUGGCGCCGCGUCAAGGAAUCCUAGGUCGGCUGGACUUAGACACAUGGCGUUCGUCCUCGAAAAUUGAAGCACUCGUUGAAGAGUUGAGCAAUCUUCGAAGGCAAGAUACGACCACGAAGAGCAUUGUGUUCAGUCAGUUUGUCAAUUUCCUAGAUCUCAUCGCGUACAGGCUCCAGAAAGCGGGUUUCACGAUUUGUCGGCUGGAAGGUACCAUGAGUCCUCAAGCACGCGAUGCGACAAUUCAACAUUUCAUGAGCAACGUGCAUGUCACAGUGUUCCUUGUUAGUUUGAAGGCGGGUGGCGUCGCUCUGAAUUUGACGGAGGCAUCGCGCGUUUUCCUUAUGGAUAGCUGGUGGAACCCUGCGGUCGAGUAUCAGGCGAUGGAUCGAAUCCAUCGAUUGGGACAACACCGUCCCGUACAAGUUGUCAAGCUUGUUGUUGAAGACAGUAUAGAGAGCCGCAUUAUACAGUUACAAGAGAAGAAGGCUGCUAUGGUAGACGCGACAUUAUCAACAGAUGAUUCAGCCAUGGGCAGAUUGACGCCUGAGGACCUUGGCUUCCUGUUCAGGUUUUACUUCAAAAUCCUCUUGAGCGUGUUCUCGGACGAACUCAAUGGGCGUGAAAGUACACUAUACUGA